UUUGUGGAGUACCUCAAAGUACGUCUCACCGUGCAACGGGUGGAGUCAGAGAGUCCGUUGCUGUUUGUGCAAAACCUUCAGAAUGCCGUGGCUAUAGAGCGCAAGCCGCUGCGCUUCUGUAGCGAGAGGUUGUCGUCUCUCUUACGCACGCUGGAGCUGACUGACCUGAGUGACUUCAACACACUGACACGCGUGUGUCACUUUGCUACACUGAUUGGCACGUACACCGAAGGCUUUAGUCUGAUCAUUGAGCCGUACGAUGACCGCGCACCGGCUAUACCCAAUCCGAUACUGCACUUCAGUUGUAUGGAUGCCAG